CCCACCCUCGUGCGCAGGCGCAGAACCGUUGCCGGCCGAGCGGUUGCGGGCUGGCGGAGAGUUUUGCUGUCUAGUGUCUUAGCCAGCUUGACCUCCGUUAGGUCCGCGGCUCCAUGGCGGCCUCACCCCGAGGCUCCAUCGACGACCGUCUUGUGGUGGUAGUCCACGGUGGUGGAGCCAGCAACAUCUCGGCCAACCGGAAAGAGCGGGUGCGCGAGGGCAUUGCCAAAGCCGCUACGGAGGGCUACAACAUCCUCAGGGGCGGAGGGAGCGCGGUAGAUGCUGUGGAAGGAGCCGUGACUGUCCUGGAAAACGACCCGGAGUUCAACGCAGGUUGUGGGUCUGUCCUGAAUGUAAACGGUGAUGUUGAGAUGGACGCUAGUAUCAUGGAUGGGAAGAACCUGUCUGUGGGAGCAGUGUCUGCUGUGCGCUGUGUCGCAAAUCCCAUUAAACUUGCACGGCUUGUUAUGGAAAAGACACCUCAUUGCUUUCUGACUGGCCAUGGUGCAGAAAAAUUUGCGGCAGACAUGGGGAUUCCAGAGAUUCCUGUAGAAAAACUGAUAACGGAGAGAAGCAAGAAACAGCUGGAGAAGGAGAAGCUUGAGAAGGGAGCACAGAAAGCUGACUGCCCUAAAAACUCGGGAACGGUGGGUGCUGUUGCAUUGGACUGCAAAGGAAACGUGGCUUAUGCAACCUCUACUGGGGGGAUUGUCAAUAAAAUGGUUGGCCGAGUUGGAGACUCGCCUUGCAUAGGAGCUGGAGGUUAUGCAGAUAAUAACCUCGGAGCCGUUUCAACCACAGGACAUGGAGAAAGUAUCCUGAAGGUGAAUCUGGCCAGACUUGCCCUCUUCCAUAUAGAACAAGGAAGUACCGUAGACAAGGCUGCUGAGUUGGCAUUGGAUUAUAUGAAGUCAAAGCUCAAAGGUCUAGGUGGCCUCAUCUUGGUCAGCAAAACGGGAGACUGGGUAGCAAAGUGGACCUCUGCCUCCAUGCCCUGGGCAGCGGUGAAGAACGGCAAGCUGCAGGCCGGCAUUGACCUUUGUGAGACCAAAACCCAGACCCUGCCCUAAGCCCCAGAAGGUUGUAAUUGGCUUGCUAGCCUGGAAGUAAAGUUGAGCUGCCCGGU